GGUCGGAGACUCGGCGGCGGCAGCGGGCGAAAAAAGGCGCGUACGGUCCGGGCACGAUCAGAAAAUGGAUACUGAGAGGUUGAAGAAGAUGGCCAGCGCAGUUCGCACUGGAGGAAAGGGCAGCGUGCGCAGGAAGAAGAAGGCAGUCCAUAAGACAACUACGACAGAUGACAAAAGGCUUCAGAGCACUUUGAAAAGAAUAGGGGUCAAUGCUAUCCCUGCUAUAGACGAGGUCAACAUUUUCAAAGAUGAUUUCGUGAUACAAUUUCAGAACCCUAAAGUGCAAGCUUCAAUUGCUGCCAAUACAUGGGUCGUCAGCGGUUCUCCUCAGACAAAAAGACUUCAGGAUGUUCUGCCUAGCAUACUGAACCAACUAGGUCCUGAUAACUUAGACAACCUGAGGAGGCUAGCAGAGCAGUUCCAGAAGCAGGUACCCGCUGCUGCUGCUCCUCCGGCUCAGGAGGAUGACGAUGAUGACCUCAUGAAGCGCUAUCUGCACAUGAAACCAGAGGGUCGAGAAUUCAUGGUGUGUAUCUGCAGUAGUAGAAGCACCAAGGGAAUUCAUCUGCAAUUUGGUGGUAGGUCGAGGGCCUAUCUGCAAUUAAACCUAGAACUUAAUGAUACACAGAUCAAGACGGAUAGCAAUCAUUAUCAAAACGAGGAAAACAUACUGGGCUAG